UGGUCCCAGGCUGCGCCUAUGGCAGAAGGAGAGCAGAAAGCCCACCAAGUGGUGAAGUUCAUGGAUGUCUACCAGCGCAGCUACUGCCGUCCAAUCGAGACCCUGGUGGACAUCUUCCAGGAGUACCCUGAUGAGAUCGAGUACAUCUUCAAGCCGUCCUGUGUGCCCCUGAUGCGGUGCGGGGGCUGCUGCAACGAUGAGGGCCUGGAGUGCGUGCCCACCGAGGAGUACAACAUCACCAUGCAGAUUAUGCGGAUCAGAAUUCACAAAGUCCAGCACAUAGGAGAGAUGAGCUUCCUACAGCACAGCAAAUGUGAAUGCAGACCAAAGAAAGAGAGAGCAAGGCAAGAAAAAAAAUCAGUUCGAGGAAAGGGAAAGGGGCAAAAAAGAAAGCGCAAGAAAUCCCGGUAUAAAUCCUGGAACUUGUACGUGUGCCGCUACUGUCUCAUUCCCUGGAGCCUCCCCAGGGCCCCCGAUCUAACUCCCGCUUGCAGGACCCCUUAACCCUCCCCCCUCCCUCUGUCCCUCCCUUCCUGCCUCCUAUCCUCCCCUCUGUCCCA